CAACUCCUCUGAAAACCUCCUCACUCCUCCAUCCUCAGCUUCUCGCUCUGCUAUUAGACUUUUGAAAUGUCCUUCAUGACUGAGUUUGACUUUUCUAGGUUGCGGAUUGGUGGAGGAGUGAAGAAAAGAGGAACCAUGAAUCUAAGAAGCACUCAGAGUAUUUCCUCUUCCUCUUGAUCUUCUUGUGUUUAAUGGCAGCUGUAAAACACAUUGACAUCAACAACUGUGCUGGAGUUUGGAGCAGCGAUAUGAAAAUAAUUUAUGUGUAAAUGUGAACAACUAAGUAAUGAAAUGAUGAACUCCAGACUCUCAUCUCUGAUCCUGCUGUUACACAUUCAAGGGUCUCUAACAUUGAACAGCUUUAAUGUGACCUGUGAUGAACAGAAUAUUUGUGCUGUGAGAGGGAAACGGGUGACAGUGUGGUGCGAUUACUCAAACAUCAACAUCAAAACUGGAUUCUGGUUCAGCCAGAAACAGAAAACAAACUGGAGAAACAAAGAUGAACCUGAAGAUUUGACUUUAGAUUCAGAUUACUCAGGACGAGUGAAACAGCGAAUAACAAACUACAAUUCAGAGCUCACAAUAUCAGAUCUGAUAGAGAGAGACAGUGGAGAAUAUCAGCUCAUGUUCAUUAUGAAGGAUGGAGUUAAACAUCUCAGUUCAGUCACAGUCAAUCUAACAGUAACAGUUUUACAGGUGAAGAUGAAUCCUGAAUCUACAGAUGGACGAGUAAAACUGAGCUGUGAUUCUUCCUGCAAUCUGACAUCUGUAAAAGAUUACUCCUGGUACAAGAAUGGACUAUAUUUUACAAAUAACAAAUCUAAAUCCAUAUUUUUGUCAUCUAGUGGAAACACUGACAGCUAUUCCUGCUCUACGUAUGGCAAUCCCUCCUCAUCUGUGUGUCUUUCUAACAGUGUCUGUUGGGGUGUGACUUACACCUCUAGAAGAGUUUGUGCUUUAGUGGGAUCAACAGUAGAUAUUCACUCUUCAUACUCACAUCCCACUGGAUAUACAGUAGAGAAAACAGACUGGUAUUUACGGAAAGGAAAUGUAGGGGAUAUUCGGGAUCUACGUGAGGAUCAUCAGCUUGCUGGUCGUGUGGAGUAUAUAAACAACACACUGAGAAUCAAAGACGUCAACAUGAGUGACUCUGGUCAAUAUCUAUUCAGGAUCAUCAGUAACAAAUUAGAUGGAUAUUCUGGUUAUCCUGGAGUCACUCUUACUGUUACAGAUACACAGGUGAUAAGCAGCCCAAACCCUGUGAUAGAUGGAGAAAAAGUGAUAUUAAGCUGUUCAACCAAAUGCACUCUGGAUAGCAAACAUACUUACAUCUGGUAUAAGAAUGGACAACAGGUAACAGAUGGAUUGAGAUUAUUAAACAAGCUGUACCUGAACUCAAUCAACAGUGAGGAGCUACAAGAGUAUUCAUGUACUGUAAGAGAUUCAGUGUCCUCUACAGACCCAGAUAAAUCCACAUGGUUACAAAACACAGCAAUCAUAUUGUCUGUGUUUCUGACUCUUACACUCAUAGGAGUCCUGAUGUGGUACAGGAUGAGAAGCUGUUUCUUGUUAAAGAAAGUAAAGAAUGCAAAAGAGGAAGCACAGUAUGACUCAGUGCACAUUGAUGCAGCACCGUCUGAACACACACAGAAAGAAGAUUGCAAAAAUGAGGAUAUUCAUUAUAGCAGCAUUCAUUUUGUCAAUUUAAAAACAAAGCAGAGAUCUCCAGACACCACAAACACCACAGAAAACGAGGAUGUUCAGUACGCCACUGUAAUGUUCAGUUAACAGACUGUUUCAAUCAUUGCAUAACUUUGUCGUUGCUAUUAUGUUGCCAUGUUGUAUCAUUAAGCCCAAGCAUGUAUGUUGCAAAGAGGAAAUAAAAUAACAAACAGA